AUGUACGAUAACAAGUCCCUGCACAAGCAACAACGAGGUAGCGCUAGAUGUUUCGUAUGCGUUCUUGCUUCCUUCGUCAUCUUAUGUGCACUUCUACUGGUUUUGGCAUCUAUAACACGUGUGAGGGAGCCACGUGUCAAAAUAAGAUCAGCUACUUCCAACCACAUCACUCACCACACUUCACCAUCAUCUUCUUCCUUCAACGCUACCGUCUUCAUCUCCAUAAGCAUCUACAACCCCAAUUUCGAUGUCUUCGCUUACAAGAAUAGCAGUGUGAGCGUGCUUUAUGCGGAUGUGAAGAUUGGCGAAAGACCAAUCAGCAGUGACAAAGUGAGUAUCAGGAGGAUGAAAGAAAUUAAUGUUACCGUUGAUUUGAGGUCACCCGAUACUGCAAAUCUUUCCGGUGACAUAAAUUCAGGGAGGUUGAAUCUCACCAGCUACGCCAAAUUUAGUGGCAUAGUUCGUUUUCUCAAAAUUAUGAACGUCAAACAGACCAUUCAAAUGGCUUGCGCUAUGAAGCUCAACUUCACCUCUCAUGUACUUCAGGAUAUUCAAUGCCAAUAG